AUGAACCCUUACAUAUCCCCAGAGGAGAGCACUGAGGGAGAUGCUGGGAGAACAGAGUGGAAGCCCAUGGUCAAAGAUGCUUUCAAAGACAUUUCCAUAUACUUCUCCAAGGAAGAAUGCGCAGAGAUGGGAGAAUGGGAAAAAAUCUGUUAUAGGAAUGCAAAAAGGAACUGUGAAGCACUGAUUACUAUAGGUCUCAGGGCCACUCAACUAGCAUUCAUGCAUCACUGCAGGCAGGUCAUCAAACCCCAGGUAGAUGACAUUGAGGAUUCUGAUGAAGAAUGGACACCAAGGCAGCAAGGUAAACCUUCUUGGAUGACCUUCAGAGUGAAGCACAGUAAACACCAGAAGAGGGAAUGUCAAACAAAUGUAAGUAACAAAUCUAGUUUGAAGGAACUGCCAGGAGCAUCAAAAUUGCUGAAGACAUGUGGCCCCAAGCAGGCCCAGAUACCAGUGCCCCCUCCCAGAGAACCAAGUACCUCUGAACAGCACCCUAGACAAAAACUUCUCUUCUCCAACUCAGAACUCAGAAGAAAGGAGACUGAAGUGAAGAUAUACAGCCUACGAGAAAGAGUGAGGCAUGUGUCAAGUGAGCCCCAGGAUGACUACCUCUAUUGUGAGAAGUGCGGAGAACUUCAUUGACAGCUGUGCUGUCACGGGCUCCCGACCUUUGUAAAGGACUGUGCAGAGGAGAAAGGGCAUGCCAAUCACUCAGCCCUCAGUCUGCCCCCUGGGUUAAGUAUCAGACCAUCAGGCAUCCCUGAGGCUGGGCUUGGAGUGUGGAACAAGGUGUCUGAUCUGCUGCUAGGCCUGCACUUUGGCUCCUACGUGGGCCAGAUCACAGACGAUGAAGAGGCUGCCAAGAGUGGAUACUCCUGGCUGAUCACCAAAGGGAGAAACUGCUAUGAGUAUGUGGAUGGAAAGGAAAGGUCUUGGGCCAACUGGUCCAGGUAUGUGAACGGUGCCCGGGACGACAAGGAGCAGAACCUGGUAGCCUUCCUGACUCACAGGCAGAUCUUCUACUGAACCUGUCGGGUGGUCAGGCCAGGCUGUGAGCUGCUGGUCUGGUACAGGGACAAGUACAGCCAAGACCUCAGCAUCAAGUGUGGCAGCAGGUGGAAGAGUGAGCUCAUGGCCAGCAGAGGGGAGCCAGAACCAAAGCCCAAAAUCCACCCAUGUGCCUCCUGCUCCCUGGCCUUCUCCAGUCAGAAAUUCCUCAGGCAACAUGUCGAAUGCAAUCACCCCUCUCAGAUCCUCCUGAGGACAUCUGCAAGAGACCGUCUCCGAACAAAGGAUUCCUGCCCAGGCAAUCAAAAUCAUGAGCAGCAAUAUUGUGAUCCACACAGCUGGCGUGACAAACCUGAGGAUGGAGAGGUCAGGGAAAGGCCCCAAACUUUGCUGAAAAGCAUGAGGAGGGUUUCAAGGGCUUCUUCCUACUCACCCAAAGGACAAAUGGGGGAUUCCUGGGUAAGCGAGAGAAUGAUGGAGGAGCCCAGCACAGGCCAGAAACUGAAUACAGAGGGCACAGGCAAAUUAUGUAUGGGGGCAGGUGUCUUAAGAAUUAUAAGAGUUAAGCAUGGAGAGUGUGGGCAAGGCUCCAAGGAUAGGUCAAGUCUCAUCACACACCAGAGGAUACACAAUGGGGAAAAGCCCUAUGUUUGCAGGGAAUGUGGGCAAAGCUUCAGUGAGAAGUCAAUUCUCAUCAGACACCAGAGGACACACAUAGGGGAGAAGCCCUUUGUUUGCAGGGAGUGUGAGCAAGGCUUCAGUCACAUCAAGCACCAGAGGACACACACAGGGGAGAAGCCCUUUGUUUGCAGGGAGUGUGAGCGAGGCUUCAGUCACAUCAAGCACCAGAGGACACACACAGGGGAGAAGCCCUUUGUUUGCAGGGAGUGUGAGCGAGGCUUCAGUCACAUCAAGCACCAGAGGACACACACAGGGGAGAAGCCCUUUGUUUGCAGGGAGUGUGAGCGAGGCUUCAGUCACAUCAAGCACCAGAGGACACACACAGGGGAGAAGCCCUUUGUUUGCAGGGAGUGUGAGCGAGGCUUCAGUCACAUCAAGCACCAGAGGACACACACAGGGGAGAAGCCCUUUGUUUGCAGGGAGUGUGAGGGAGGCUUCAGUCAGAAGUCAUAUCUCAUCAGACACCAGAAGACACACACAGGGGAGAAGUCCUAUGUUUGCAGGGAAGUUGAGUAA